AUGGUGAAGCAACAUUGUUCAUCAGCAGCAUCUCUUUCUCUUUUGCUUCUCAUGGCAUCAUCAUCACUGAUAACAAUCUUUGGAGAGUCAUUAGAGGAAGACGCAGAAGGGCCGGCAACUUCUUCAGAAAACAUCUCUUUGCUGCCGAAGAGGCACGUGAGGAUCACAAACGAUCUGGGGAAGGGUCGCGUUUUGAGGAUUCACUGCAAAUCCAAAGACGACGAUCUGGGAGUACACUACCUGUCGUUUCACAGCACAUAUCAAUGGAAGUUCAAGACCAACGCGCUUAUAAGGAACACGUUGUUCUAUUGCUACAUGUGGUGGGGCAACAAUGUGACGGGAAGUUACGAUGUGUACAGAGCAACCAGAGACGAUGACAAGUGUACGGACUGCAAAUGGAGUAUCAGAACUGAUGGUUGGUACUGGUUUGAUUCUGGCAGUGGCCACUGGCAUCUCAUGUAUCAAUGGCCUAAACCCUAG